CAGGGGCUCGAAAUCAGUGCAACUCACAACAUUCCGCUGUUUCCAUGGUAGUCAACCAUGUCACGACAUUCAGUGAGGCGAUAGCUAGCAAAAUCCUAGGGCUUCAGAAAUGAAUUUCUGAAAUUGUGUAUAAAGUAAGAGAGGUCGCCGCCUAUAGCUACAUACACUUCAAAUUUAUUCAUGUUAAUGUCCACCUUACCGGCCGAAAAGACCAGCAGGAUGAACCGUUUUAACUCCACCGUCCCCGUUGAAGAAUACCUUGCGGACAGUAAUGUCUUAUUUUACCUGAGUGAUGCAGUGACCCAGCUCCUGGAGCAUAAGGAGGAAUACACCCAGUUUGGGGUGAUCCGCUACUUUGCUGAAUAUUUCAGCAGUGUGAAGAACAGUAACCACGUUCUCUUCAGGGAGUAUAACUAUAUCAAGGCCACUCCUCAUAACCGAGCCUCCUUCAUCAGAGUCUUCUGGAGGUGCUACAGACAGAUCGGCAAGAGUGGGGACUUAUUGUCCAUGCUGGAGUACAGGUCUCUGCUGCAGUUACUGUGUCCAGACUUCCCAGCAGAAACAGUACAGAGUGCAGCCAGAAUUGUUCUGAUGGACGACGCCAUAGAUUGUUUGAUGUCCUUCUCUGACUUCCUUUAUGCGUUCCAGCUGCAGUUUUAUUACCAAGAGUUUCUGGACAGUGUGCUGGUGAUCUACCAGGAUCUGUUAUCCGGGAAGAGUCCCAACACUGUCAUCGUCCCCACGUCCACCUCCAUUGAGCAGCUUCCCUCAGUGGCUGCAGAUGAGAAUGACAAGGAGGAGCAGCAGCAGGAUGGGGUGGAACCAUCCACACUGGCUCAGUGUAUCGACGCCCUCUGUGACAGGUUCAAACACAGUCAUCCUCCCAGGUCCAGCAUAAGGGAAGUACUGGGACAGACUGACAAAGUGUCUUACUACGACUUCCUAAUCGGACUGGUUAAACACGAGACCAUCAACCAAACUGUUGGGGCAUUACCAAGCAAGGCAGAGUUGCUCAUUGACCCAGAGAUGGACCAGGAACUGGAUAAACUAAUUGCCCAGAUCUCAGUGAGUCCUGGCAGCAACAGCAGUGGCAGCGCUGUUGGGGGGCUGAAGGAGGUGCAGAGGAAGGCCUCUCCCAGGAGGAACAUCCACCACAGGAGGAAAAUGGAGGUGGAAAGUGAUGGCUCCACAGAAGAGACGGACUCCUCUGAAAACUGACCUCUGACCUAUCACCACUCUGUGACACAUCGCCUUCCUUCACAAGUCCAGGACACACUGUGGCUGGAUGGUAUUUGUGAAAAGUUUCCUGCCCAUUAAACCCACACAUCAGUGCAUAAGAGAACCCUCCAUCCUGCUAUUGUUUUCUCUUUGUCCAGUAAAGCACUGAAGGAUAAACAGAAUAUCACUGAAUGCAGGGCAGAUGCUACCACUGUUGUGUGAACAUAUUAAAGAACUGUUAAAUUAUGCAUUUCCUCGUUCCUCCUGAUCAUAAUCUGCACAGUGGACAGCUCAAGCAUGAACAGCUGAUGUAUUUGUUACUUUGUUAUGAAUAGAAUGGCAUUAAGGUUGAUAUGUGAAUGUGAUAUGAUUUGUAUAAUAUCCUAGCUCACACUGUGAUUAAUAAAGAUGUAACUGUGAUGCCUAAUAAAGAUGAUUUCUGUUACUCACUUA